UCACACAGGUAGAACGACUAGUAUUAGUACCACAAGACCUUUGUAAAGUUGCUCUAUCGGAGUGUUAUAUGAAAAUUAAGUUAUGUUUACACUAUGUCCCGAAAACUGUUGAAAUUCUUAAUCCUUUUCGAUAACACCUCUCUGUUGUACUUUCCUGGACAGUUCUUAUCAGGCAGAGUCUUGAUUGAGCUACAAGAUGAUACACCUACACUAGGACUCCACUUUCACGUAGUAGGCGAAGGCGUUGUUCGUGUUAGAACACCACGCCAAGAGAGAGUAUGUGAUAAGGAAAACUACAUAGACUUCAGAAUGAGACUGCUUGGCGAACCAGGGCAAGGGCCUCAGGUUCUUUCACCAGGAAUCCAUAGUUUUCCAUUCAAAUUAGGGUUACCUCUAGGUCUUCCAUCAACUUUCUUGGGAAGACACGGCUGGGUGCAAUACUAUUGUAAAACGGCUCUGCGUGAACCUAAUGGACUCACCCACAAGAAUCAACAAGUUUUCAUUGUGAUGAACCCGAUCGACCUCAAUUUAGAGCCAGCAGGCCUAGCUAAUGUUUCGGGACAGGAUACGUUCAAGUGUGAAAUUGAACAUAAAUUCGGAGUCAGUUGCGUUGGCUCAGCACCUGUUAUAUGCAAGGUCAAGUUGGAUAGAGGAGGUUAUGUACCAGGAGAAAGCAUUGGUGUAUCCGCCUCUGUGCACAACAGAAGCAAAGUCACCAUAAAGAGUACCAAAGCAGCCCUGACAGAAACCAUAACAUACAUGGCUAAAGGCAAAGUAGUGAAUGCAGAAAAAAGAGAACUUGCUUCUUUAACUAGAGGUAAAGUAAGACCAGGAGAAAAAGAUGAAUGGGUCGAUGAACAACUUUACAUACCACCUCUACCACCAACGAAUCUAAGAGGUUGCCAUCUCAUAAAAGUAGAAUAUGAUGUUUUUUUCAUCAUCGAACCCAAAAGUUUACAAAAGGAGGUGAAAAUCCAGCUUCCAAUAGUUAUGGCGACCUACCCUCUGAAGACGGAUGGUGAUACUAACGCAUUUAACACUGGAACCCAUUAUCCAUCAACUCUCCCUAUAUUCAGACCAUGGUUGGAGGAAAAAUCGAACGUAGAUUGAUGUGUUUUACCUCUAAAUAAAAAUUAACAUGGAUAAACUCGAAACUCAAAAUCACAAACCUAAUGAGAAGAAAUUAUUUAUAUCGAAUCUGAGAACUAGAAGAGUAAAUUGAAUCAGAUUUGAGUGAAUUACGUAUUGAAAACAUUCAUACCCAAUUCAAGUGGACAAUGAUUUUCUAAUCAACACAGGGAAAUGAUGCCAUAGUUAAUACAGUUAUAAGAAAAACUGCCAUACCUAGAAUAAUCACGAGAAAUCUAGUAUUGAUGGUGAAUUCACAGUUUCUCAAAGUUCAAAAAUGUUCGGAAUGUGCAAAUAAGAUAACUUUUCACUAUUUUACUAUUUUUCUGGUUCAUCGAAUUAAUCAAAAUCAUUUUCUAGUCUGGCGUGAUGAUUUUUCGAAAUCAUUUGAGCCAAGUAAUCAAUUGGAUUUUUGGAAAAUUCAAAUAAACUUGUAUUUACCAAUUUAUGUUUAGAAGUUUUAUUAGAUAUACUGAAUUAUUGAACAGAAUCAAAUGAAUAGAGUGAAUUUGUUAGUUGAUAUCAUUGUAUUAUAACUAUUUAAUGUUUAUUUAAUAAUACACAAUUUUUAACGA